CGAAGUGCGGAUUCAGUGACUCACGACUCUUACCAGUUCUGCCUUUGUCUAUCGUUGACUUUGCAGUCGCGACAUUGCAAUCGAUCGUUGUCCAUAUUUUAUCACUCGAACUGACGUGACGAAUGUCGCCGAUUUCGAAGUGUGCUGAGAUUUCACCUGACAGCAAGAUUGAAGACUACAUCCGGUCACAGUGAGGCAUCAUGAAGGAAGUCCAGGAGCAGCAACAGCCUGAGUCAAUGGAAUCCAACGAGUUGGUUUCCGGCUCGAAUGAAUACGCCUAUCGACCGCUUACGACGAAGCAUAGAAGGGCUGGAAGUACCGGAACAACCGGCGACGAGGAAUACACUACGGACGAGGAUGAGCUUUAUACAGACGAAGCUGAUUGUGCUACGCUGCAUCCACCUCAUCCUAUUCUUAAAUCAGACCUCGCGAGGGCAGCUACGGAUCUUUUCGGAUAUGCUACAAAGCGCGAGGACGAGGACGAAGAGCCCACUAGUCUAUUCGACGAAGAUGACAACAAGUUCCUAGAUGAUAGUUCCAACUCAACCAAAACUACUCCGCUAUUCACGUACAACGAAAAACUACAAGGUGUCCUGUCGCGACAUCGAAAUCCAUUGGAAGAAAAGAAGCCCGCAAAGUCCUGCGAAAAGCUAAAAUCUCACGAACUGGAAGUCUCGGGAUCUGAAGCUCAACAUACGACGAAACCUUUGGAUUUUCGAUUGAACAAAACUGAAUCUGUGGGAAAAGCUAGCGAAGAGAAACCCAAUACGGAUUUGAAAAAAAACAAUUCCAUCGAAUCAUCUAAGAGACUUUGUCUUCCUAAAGAUACGCUGCCGGAAGAAUUACCAAAACAGGAGUUACUGUGUGUUCCUAAAAAAAUCAACAGUCCGCCAUCACCUACCACUCUGCAAUGGGAAAGAGCAGUGGCCGAGGUAAAGGAGCACGCAGUAGCGAAACUGCAAGAGGAACUUAAAAGAGCUCAUGAAGAAUUGAAAUUGAAGGAUGAGGAAGUGGCUAGACUUUCUCGGAUCAGACAAGAUGUAGAAGCUGAGCUCGAAGAACUCACUGCCAGUCUCUUUCAAGAGGCACAUAAUAUGGUUCGAGAAGCUAAUGUACGUCAAGCGACAGCGGAGCGUCUCUUGGAAGAGAGUCGCAUGAAAUCAGAAGUUCUCGCAGCUGAAGUAGCGGCUUUGAAAACUUUGGUACUCACGUCUACACCGUCACGGCCCAAUCCUCAUCUGCAUCCUCAAAUCGACACAAAGGCACGCGUUAGUAACGGGGAAGAGAACCAACAAGGGCUCUUUAUGAAAAAACACCGGAGAUCGCCGUCGCACUUUAAUUUAAAAUAUGGUCGAGAGAAUUCACCUCCUGAUUCGCCUAUAAAAGAACAAAGACCGCCUUUACCGACUGACAAAGAGGUUCUCGAGAGGGAUUGGAAACGUGAUCGUGAGAAGGAGAAGGAAAGGGAAUGCAAAGAUUUUGGUCUGGAAGUCGAUCCGAGGGUGCAUACAGAAUUUCUUAGAUGGAAGGCAAAUCCUUGCGUCGAUAAGAGCGAUCCCUUCGUUGCAAGAGUAUUCAAGGAGGAUAUCGAUCUUUGCUUGGAUUUUCCGAAUAAAGAAUUGGGAGCCAAGGUCAGACAAGCCGUUCUGGAUGGCAUUAUAUUUAUUGAGGCCGUCAGCGACAAAACGAAACUCGCUUUUCCCAAAAAAUGUGCGCUGUUGGAAGCACCACGACAAUGUCACUAUCGUAUGCGACUUGGUGAUCAAGAAAAUCAGUGGUAUUGUAUUUCGCAGAUCUGUCGCAAUCGAAUUAUUGCAGUGUGUGACUUUCUUAAUUAUUUGAGAUACAUCGAGCGCGGUCUCGUCAAAAGCUCAGUUCAUGACGUUUAUUGGGAGAUCACGCGGCUAAGAAAGGAAAUGGUUUUCGCACGGUUAGGUCUGGCAUUGUCGUCUUGAGGUUCGCGUAGGCGGGAUGUCAUCUAGUCUCGAAUCAAUUCGAGUCAAGAAUUUAUUGCUUGGAAACAGUCUGGGAAUUGUGUAGAAUAAUUUAGUGACGCUCUUGUCGAUCAUCGGCCUUUUGUGCAGUGGAGGGGAGAGUGCAAUGUUGCAAUAUAUGUAUAUAUAUAUAUAUAUCUUUUUUGAGAUAUAUACA